CCGGCUUCCACGCGAACCGGAGCGCCGUGUCGUCUGUCGACGGUUUGUCGUCUGCUCGUCUCCGUCGUCUUCGCUUGCUGCAGCUUGUGCGUGGAGCGUAGUGACCUCUUAACGCGUCAGCGCUGCGCAAAGGAUAAGUAAAUCGCCGAGAGACCAAAGCCUAGAGUUGUCACUCGUAGUCCGUUCCCAAGCCGCCAGCGCCCAAGUCGCCCAAUCCAAAUUGGUCGUCAUAGGCGGAUUUUUCUCCAUUUCAAGAAAUGGGUGAUUAGUGAGAUGAGGUCGCCGGAGCUUUAGCUGGUCCUCUGAAUGAUGGUGCUUGACUUCAGCUCAGAUUGAGACAUCGUGCCACGUUCGCCAUCAGGCGCACCGCAUUUCUAGCGUGGACAUCAUCUUUCUGCUCCUUCUGUAUUUCAGUGGGCAUUGCGUGUGCGUGUGAUUGUAUGUGACCGAGGAACGUUUGUCAACAGAUUAUUUUUAGCGCUGCAUACCAGGUUAUAAUUUUUCCUACAACCUGCCCACAUACCCCGUCUCAAGUAGCUCGCGUCACCAAUGUGUGUAAAUGUUUGAUUGUAUUACGGCGUUCCUAUUAUGCUGAAGCAAGACAGUACUACACACAUCAGGGUGUUGAGUGUCGGAUUGCUACCUUCGCUGGAUCUGUGCUCAGGGCCCAGCGUGCGAAACAGGGACAGUGUGUGAACACUCCGGUCAGACGCACAGGGCUUCUGAAGUGCUAGGGAAUUAUCGUCCGCCAUUAUUCCUUCGGAAUCUCCAUGCAAAACAGUCACAAGCACUUACAUAUAUGUGUUAUAACUUCAUGUUGUGGUUGGCCUCACCUGAAUCCUGCACGGAACCAGAGUCGCACGUCCGCAGCAUUAAGAGUAGUCGCGCUUGCAGCAUGAUUGGAAGUUGCGGAAGCGGGUCACAUCCCUGAUUUACACCGCUUGCACCUUGAAACUUGGUGUUAGCAUGUUUGGAGAGUUUUUGUGGCCUAAUAUUAUCAUCUCUUCAACAUCUGCCAGUGACGGGUAAUUUUUGGGACAAGCAUUCGGCGUUCGGUCUGAAUGCACAUAUGUAUCACAGCUCAAGCACAGCAUUAUUAUCGUCCCUCCUGUAUACAGUGUACAACGCGUGAUACCGAGGAUCAUCGCUUCUAUUUUGACAGACAUUGUUGUAAGGCCUGUGUAACUGCAUCGUCUGCGAAGAUCUCAGGAAAAGCAUAUUCACGAAGUACAGGCAACUGACUGAGAUUGAGACGUACCUGGGACGGACUCGUGAUGUGAGAUUUUAAUAACAUCGGAUAAUUCGUCCACACAAGUGUCUCUUCUGGAUAACGCCGUUACGGAUAUCUCCUAAGGGGAGUUCUGGAUUGGCCACCAUACGAUGUCAUCGUCAAGACAAGCCUCGGUGGCCUGGUGGCUGUGGAUGCUUGCGUCGGUGCUGAACCUCCAGAAAGCCGAAGGCGUGCUCGUGUUCUGGUCCCCCUUCCACGACCCUCGGGUCCACGAGAACGCCCCGGUGGGUGUCCACGUGACCACCGUGCGAGCGCUAGACGAAUCGGCGCCCGGCAAGCCCGUCGCCUACAGCCUGCUGGACGUCAAGGACUCCAGCUUCUUCCACUUGAACCACGUCACGGGAAACCUGACGACAGCGCGGCCCAUCAACCGGAAAGUCGGCGAUAAGUACGAGGUGAUCGUGGCCGCCGUGAGCCAGGGUGUGACCGAGGUGAAGACGAUGCAGAUCGAGGUGACCGUGCCCAACCGUUACCCGCCCCGGUUCGAGCACCCGGUGUACCGCGCCGAGGUGCACCAGACACGCACCCGGCCCGGGUACCGGGUACUCCAGGUGCGCGCCCAUGACCCGGACCCGGUGCCGUACAACGCCGAGGUCUACUACCGCCUCGAGGCCGGACCGGAGUCUACGAGGGCGCUUAGGUACCUCGCCCUGGACGGCAUCACGGGCGAAGUGAUGCUGAACAGAAGCCUUGUCGAUGUGGCGGACUCCACGAUCGCCUUCACUGUCAUCGCCGAAGACGGUGGCUCCCCCAAGCAGCAAGACCGGGCCCGCGUCGAAAUCCUCGUCAAGACCAUAUCCGACCCCCAGAACGCGCGUGCUGUCGUGGUGAACGAGACGAGCGUGCGCAUCUGCUGGCAGCGACCCCUGUACGGCAACGUGUCCGGCUACGUGGUCAAGUACCGGGCGGCGUCGGAGAACGUCACCUCGUACGUCAACGUGACCACGGGCACCGGCGCCGACAAGUGCGUUCCGGUGCUCAAACUGCGGCCCUGGACCGACUACGAGUACCGAGUGUACGCUUGGAACGGCCGCGAAGAGGGCAUCGGCAGUCCCGUGGACAGAUUCGCGACGCGAAUCGACUACUGCUUGAUGAACGUCUGCAAGCACGGCUCGUGCGAGGCCACGGACGCGCGCCCCGGUUACCGGUGCGUGUGCGACCCGGGCUUCUACGGCGAGGCGUGCGAGCACUUCGACCCGUGCUCGGAGAACCCGUGCAAGACGUUCGGCACCUGCGUCAACACCAGUCACGGCGAAUACCGCUGCGACUGCUUCACGGGUUUCUCGGGCCGCAAUUGCUCCGACUUCAACCCGUGCCUGCUCCAGCCCUCCGCCUGCCUGCACGGAGGCGUGUGCCAGUCCAACGCGUCGCACAUGUUCACCUGCCUCUGCGUGGACGGCUACUACGGCAAGACGUGCCACCAGUACGACCCGUGCUUCUCGUCCCCCUGCCUGCACGGCGCUCGCUGCCUCAACGAGUCGGACGUCAAGUUCAGCUGCCAGUGCCUGCAGGGAUACGCGGGAAACCUUUGCGAGCAGAACAUCAACGAGUGCCUCUCAAGCCCUUGCAAAAACCGCGGUGAGUGCGAGGACGGCAUCAACAGGUUCACCUGCCACUGCCCUCCGGGUUACGGUGGCCCACUGUGCGAGCUCAGAGACACAUGCCCGGAAGAAGUGCAGCAAACGGACAAAGGCACCUUCCACUGGCAGCCCACUGCGCACGGCUCCGUGGCCAAGGUCGAGUGUCCGUACGGUGCCUACAACCCUGCCAGCGAGUACAAGUAUGCGAGACGAAAGUGCCGCCUGCUGCCCAGUGGACAGACGGGCUGGAUGAAAAUUUCGGCGCAGCACUGCCGGUAUAAGAGCUUUCAGACGGCGGAGAACAUCACCUCUGAAUUGGAGUUCCUGACGCACGAUCCGAGCAACAUCAGCCCGGAGCAACUGCAGAGCUUUGCUGAUAAGAUUGAGCCGGUUGUCGAAUACGCAAUCAAGGAUAUCAAGAUUGCGCAAGCCAUGAUUCACGUGAUCAGCAACUUCCUCGCGCUCAAUGACAGCGUGAUCGCAGAAGGAGACGCGAAGGGAAUGGCUGUCGAAAAGCUGGUCUCCGUGGUGGAGCGAUUUACCUCGGAGGUGGUGCUGGGACCUGGAGCGCUGAUCAUCGAGAACGAGAACCUGGUGGUGAAGGCGGUUGCCUGGUCGCCUAAGCUGCUGUCUCAGGGUCAAGAUUUUCUCAGCUUCUCCCUUCGCUCCAACGGAGACCACUAUCUGCACGAGGACUUCUCGGGAGAUGGCUACGAGCAGGAGAACGGAGAUAACAUCGUGAUCGCCAUACCUUUCGAGGCACUGUCGAUGGCCAUCAACAGCUCUCUCCUGGCGGCCGGUGAGCCCUACCGUCCUAUACACGAGGUGGAGAAGGGGCCUCGCAUCGCGUUCAUCUCUUACCGCAACGACAAGUUCUUCCGGCCUAAUCGCCACGGCCCGGUGUCCUUGGUCAGCGCAGGCCAAGUCGUGCUCUCUGCGAAGAUCGGUGACAGCAAGAUCGAAAAUCUCACCGACCCCUUGGUCUACUCGUACCCGACGUACAACGCCGAGAGGUACAUCUGCGCCUUCUGGGAUGAGCGCCUUAAGGAGUGGUCUACCGCCGGCAUAACGACAAACCACUCGACAAACGUGACCGUGUGCUCCUCGACGCAUAUGACUGCGUUUUCGCUGCUCCUGGAUCCUCUUCCGGAAAAGACUACGGCACGCCACCACUACCGGAUUCUUUCGCUCAUAUCCUACGUAGGGUGCAUCAUGUCUGUCGUCGGGUUGUUCUUCACGAUAUUGACCUACGCUCUUUUCAGGUGCUUGAACAAGGACCGGUCGGGCAAGAUCCUGCUCAACCUGUGUUCGGCGAUGCUCUUCCUGAACGUCUCCUUCCUGCUUGGCUCCCUGCACGAGCGGUUCCCAAGGCUCGAACUGUGCCUCGGAGCGGCCGUGGCCACUCACUACUUCCUGCUCGCCUGCCUCGCGUGGAUGGGCGUCGAGGCCUCCAACAUGUACCAGAUGCUGGUGCACGUGUUCGCCACGUCAGAGACUUGUUUCAUGCUCAAGCGCGCCCUCCUCGCCUGGGGAAUACCGGCUGUUAUCGUUGGAACUUGUCUGGCCAUAGACUUGGAGCCUUAUAAGGAUCAAGAUGACUACUGCAUAAUAUCAUCCAGAAACCCAUUCAUCUACUACAUCGCUUUCCUGGGAAUCUCCUGCUUCAUCCUCUUCGUCAACUUGCUCGUCUUCAUCAUGGUGACGCGGGUGCUGUUCAAGCCGCGCAUGGCCGAAGCGAACGGGAAGGCCGCCGACCACAACUCGUGCUCCAGCCCCGCCUCCGCCGCCGCCGCCAACCCGCCCAUCACCGUGGCCCAAGUACGCGGCGCCUUCACCGUCAUGACUCUGCUCGGGGUCACGUGGAUAUUCGGCGUGUUCGCCGUGGGUGAAGCCAAGACCGCGUUCCAGUACGCCUUCUGCGUCUGCAACUCGAUGCAGGGCUUCCUCAUCUUCGUUGUGAGGGUGCUGCAGUACCCGGAGGCUCGAGCGUCCUGGGCCCAACUCGUCACCACGGGGACGUUCAAGAAGCACCGCGGCGGAGCGGUGCCCGCGGGGUCCUGGUGCGCCAACUCGGAUCCCAAGCAGAAAAGCCAUUCGUCCAUGGUGCGGGUGACGUCCUGCAGCACGGACAGCACAAGCACGGUGGUCUUCAACAGCAAUAUCUGGAGCAAGGGUGGCGGUGGAGCAGCAGCUGGUGGCAGGGACCACGCCACGAUCAUGCCCCGUUUCUCGGGCGUCCGAAGGUUGCUCAAGAACUCGAACGUGCAGAAGGACGACAAGAGCGUAGCAACACUGCCCAAGAAGUCCUCGCACAAGGUGAUCACUGACGAGACUGAUUCCAAGGAGAACCACAAGAAAUUUUACUACUCCGAACAUCAAGUCCCCUCUGUGGUCCCAGACUUCUACUCAGGCCAAGAGCAGGAAAUAAUAAAGACCAGCAGCGUGAACGCGUUCUGAA